AUGUCGAAAAUCAACAACCUUGAAUAUGCUUUCCUCAAUCUCUCCGGAGAUAAUUACCACCAAUGGGAGCUUGAUACCAAAUUCCUCUUAAGGUCCAGAAACCUUGGUGAUACUAUCACUGAAGGCACUGAGCCAUCAGACAAGGAUAAUUACAAGGCACUUGUUGUCAUUCGCCAUCACCUUGCUGAAGGUCUCAAUGACCAGUAUCUCACAAUUGAGAAUCCUCUGGAACUUUGGACAGAGUUGAAAACCAGGUUUAAUCAUCAGAAAACUGUGAUAUUGCCAAAAGCCCUUUAUGAUUGGAGAAACCUGAGAAUCCAAGACUAUAAGUCUGUGGAAGAGUAUAACUCGGCUUUGUUCAAAAUAGUCUCAAAGUUGAAACUUUGUGGUGAGACUAUUACUGAUGUUGAUAUGUUGGAGAAAACAUUCUCCACAUUCCACACCAGCAAUGUUGUGCUUCAGCAACAGUACCGAGAGAAGGGUUUCUCCACUUAUGCUGCCUUAAUCUCUUGUUUGUUGCUAGCUGAGCAAAACAAUGAGUUGCUCAUGAUGAACAGUGAGCUAAGGCCUCCUGGUGCUAAAGCAUUGCCUGAGGCACAUGCGGCCAAAGCCAAGGAGGUCAGCGUCACUCAAAUCCGGUCAAGUGAGAACUCAGCCGACCUCUUCACCAAGUCACUUCCCACCAGCACAUUCAGGAAGCUUACGCAGCAGAUUGGCAUGCGAAGACUCAAGGACCUUCAGUGA